AUGAAGAUCACCAACCCCCUACUCCUCUCUCUGGCUACUUGCCUGGCCCAUGCUAGCCCUCUCGUCAGGCCGGACAUUCUCAACUACGCUUUGACCCUGGAACAUCUCGAGGCCGCCUUCUGGGAAGAAGGAUUGAAGAACUACACGCAGGCCGACUUCGUCGCCGCCGGGUUCAACGACCCCUUCUAUGCCAACCUGCAACAGAUCGCAGCCGACGAGAACUCCCACGAGGAGUUCAUUGCCAACGCUCUGUCCGCGGCCGGAGCCUCCCCCGUGGCCAGAUGCAACUACUCUUUCCCAGCAACCGAUGUGAAGAGUUUCCUGGCACUGUCCAAUGUGCUGGAGGGCUCAGGAUUCAACCCCAAUAAUGCCACCGAUCUGUACGCUGCGUUCAUCACCUUGACCGGCCCCGUCUGGGCUCCCUGGAAGCCCACUGAGGACGGACAGAUCGUGGUGACUGUUCCGGAGGGUGUCUCCGGUCAAAGCUACCUGGUCAUUACUCAGGGCAACCAGCAAGCGACGGACGACACUAUUCUCGCUGGCCCUGCUAUUGUCGAGGUCGGAACCGCCAACGCGACCAUGGGGAUGGGAACUAGUGACAUGUCCUCCACGGCCUCUUCCUCCAUGACAUUCACCAUGGCCUCUGCGACCACUUCUAGCACUUCUGCUCUGUUCACCGGUGGUGCCGGCAAGAUGGCCACGAGUCUGGGAUAUGUCCUUGGCCUUUCUGGACUUGCCGCGGCUGCUCUCAUCUAA